CCCUGCCCAAGAUUGUCCCCAUUGUAGUGACCACAACCUUAGUGUUCUGUAUACAGGUGUGUGUGUGUACAGGUGUGUCAGUCAUCAACAGGUGUGUUGGAAUAUAUGACUUAGGGACUAGACCCUAGAGGAGGGAAGGAGAGUUCAAGAAGAUGGAUCAAGCCAUUGUGUAAUGUGUCUCCUGUGUGUUACAGAAAUUAUCAGGGCUUAAGCCUUGUUAGAUAUGCUGGGUCUAUUCUGUGUGGAAAUAUAUACUACCAGAGUUUCUAGUAAAAUGUGGAUCUUUAAAAAGAUGUGUUAUGUGUGACUUCUAGCAAAACGUGGAUCUUUAGAAAGUAUUUUUGUUGUAGGUUUUACAGCAAAACUUUUAUAUGUGUUUGAGAAAAAAUCAUGAGUUUGAUGUGUAUAUUCCAGGAAUAUAAUUGUGAUUUAUAUAAUUAUGUAUUUACGGUGAGUUUUUGAAAGUGGUUUCAAUUCAUAUACAGGAAGUUAAUGAUUCGUGACGUCGGUUUUUUUUAUCAUAACGUGAGAGUAUGCCGCUGGGAAAGAAAUGGCGGUCCAUGGAAGUCCUCAAUUUUGGAUCCAAGGCCAUGGGACCCCUGGAAAGUUUUCUCAACUCGAGAAAUAAGUCUGGAUCACGGGAAAACUUACGUGCUUCUGGAUCUCGGUUUGGUUCUCGGGAAAGCUUGAAUCUAGACCAUAAUCAUAAUAGACACCAACCAUCACAAAGUAGAAGUCUUCGCAGCAGGCUUGGUAGCCUCAGUAACAAUGUGAGAGAAGAGCAGGGAUCUCCUAAAUUAAAAGACGGAGGGGCCGCUGGUGAUACACCAGCUGGCUACAUACAGCGUUGUAUUAUUAUACAGCGUGAUGAGAAAGGAUAUGGAUUUACUGUAAGGGGAGAUAACCCAGUAUAUGUGGAGGUCGUCAAGCCUGAUGGGGCAGCUGCUAAGGCAGGUGUACAGCAAGGAGACCGUAUAAUAAAGGUCAAUGGUACCUUAGUGACAAACUCUAAUCACCUAGAAGUCGUCAAGCUCAUUAAAGCGGGAUCCUUUGUGGCCCUAACCUUGCUGAACAAACCUGCAGGUGGUAACCAGUCCCCUGCUGAUAAAGCCUCAGGGGUAACUUUAAGAGGCCCAUCCAAAGAAAUAGUUUCAGCACCCCAGUCUGUCAAUGCGCACAAAAGCUGGGAGUUGAAACAGUCCAAGGUGCUGGAAUUAAAUAAAUAUUAUGAGCUAGCAGUAGAAGAACUAGAGAAAUUUAAAAAGGGAUACCAAAAAUACCCAACAGAAAAGUCCCACGCACAACUGUUAGAAAAGGAAAAAACGGUGAAAACACUGAGGGACCAACUUGAGGCGUUAGCAUCAACGCUACCACCAGAUUACAGUUUACCGUUAUCUUUGGGAGAGUCAUCACCUGAUACAGGGACUGGAGACGCUACACCAUGGCUGAAAAGUGGACCCAAACAUGUGAAAACAGGGUCCAUGCCCGUCACAGUUUAUGCCAGUGACCAGGAAAUACCUGCUGAAACUCGUGCGGGGGUCGCACGGUCCCAAUCCGACGCAGGAUCUCGGAACCGAGAUCCAGCAGUACUAAAGAUUGGGUCACGCCCAGGUGUCAGCCCUGAGCGAACUAUGGCCAGUACCAAGAGACGGAUGUUUAAUAAAUUGAAGAAGUCUACGUCAGCGCCCAGCACUGCUGUGGAUGGUGGUAGUUUCUCUGAUUCUCCCGCUCAUAGUCCCAACGCAUCGCCCACGCCUACACAUCCUGCCAACUCCCGCCUCGGCGAGGAGUCCGACUUAGCCACAAACGUAGAUGAUCCUACUGUAAACAACACCAGCAAACCUGAAGGCCCUCAGCGGUUCAUUAUAGCAAUGGAGGACGAUGAAUUUGAGUCUGAUGAGGAACAUGCUCGGACGGACGACCAUGGUCCCUUCAACAGUUUACGACAGUUGGACAACAAGCCAGCUCACACAGCAAUCUUCCUCAAUUUUCUCCUUGUCGAGAACCAUGAUCCUUCUGCUUUUCUGUUCUACGUCACAGCCAGUUUGUAUAAUACUGCUAAAGGUGGACUCCAGGAUUGGAAAAAAUGGGCAUAUGAAAUUUACUCCACGUUUCUAGUCGAUGGAGCGCCUCUGAAAGUCAACAUUAAUGAAGAAGUUGGUUUGGGGGUCAAAGGAGUUCUGGAGAAGGUGGAAAAGGUGGAACAAGAAGAAAACAUGAAGACUGUCUUUCUUAUUGCCCACCAGGCAGUUAUGGACGAGAUUGAAUCACAACUCACCAUGUUUAGACAAAAGAAAGAUAUGGGUAUGGGUAAUAUGUUUGGUGCUCACGAAGUGAGGGACAGCAUGAAGAAACGAGAGGAAAUGGAAGUUAUAGAAAAAUAUCUGUUAAAACACCUGGAUAAGGCACUACAAACAGAUUCAGAUAUAAAGAAUGACCGCGAGCAGGCCGUGUCCUGGGCACUCUCUACAUUCCUCCGCUAUGUGGGAUACAAUAAACACAAUUCCAGUCUAGACAAGGUGCCCAGCUUUGUCUGUAGAGACAGGAAGGGCAUCCGCCUCUCCAGCAAACCCACAAAACGGCCACAUAAGGGCCAUAAUUUUGAGCCAACCCAUUACACCAAAGUAGAGACAUGUAUGUUUUGUAAAACUGUGAUAUGGGGAGUGGGCUACCAGGGAUACUUCUGUAAAAAUUGUGAACAAAAUAUACAUACUCGGUGUAUAGAGAAAUUAGAGGACAGCUGUAAGAAGAAAGAUAAGGACAACAAGCGUCCAUUAUCUAAUAUAUUUAAAGGGAACCGCCAAACGAUUAAAGAGAGUGAGGUUUCUGGCAGUCCGGGACCCCAAGUUACAACUAGCUUUGAAAUACAGGCAGUUAAGGAUGAGGAUGAUCCAGAUCUGCAUCAACUUCGAACCGACGCCCACUCUGUGAGCAAGUUGGUGACCCGGUUUGACCAGCUUGUACCAUCACCUGCAGAUAAGCGUCGUUCACCAAGUCAGCUGACUGAGCCAGAAAUGCACAGGAAAGGUACAGAUUUAGGGCGGUCAGAAAGUUUGAAAGGCCGGGCUGACGGCCGAGGAGAGCGACCAACCCGCGACCGACAACGGGCAAAAAGUGACCUAGAUAUGGAUGAAACCAUUAAAAUUCUACAGAACAACUCUAGCAGUUCAUCAACGUCAAGUCUUUCAAAUCGGAGUGUUGACAGUCCAAGUAAUUCAUUGGAUGCUGUCAACAAUAUCCCACAGUCCCUUCCAGAUGAAGACUCCGAUUACGAUGUGGAACAGGAGCUGCCUCAGCUCAAGUCUGUCCUCCCUGAUGAAGUAUAUCGUCGACUGAAACCCAAGGAACGGAAACGACAGGAUGUUAUUAAUGAAUUAAUUUAUACCGAACGACGCCAUGUGCGGAACUUAAAGAUAAUGGAAAGUUUAUUUCAGAAACCAAUGGUUCAUGAUCCUAAUAUAUCAGAGGAGUUUACUAAACUGCUGUUCCCUAACUUGGAUCACAUGAUCCAACUCCACUGUUCAUUGAAUAAUGCUUUAAAGGCAAAAAGAAGAGAAAACAAAGUGGUAGAUGAUAUUGGUGAUAUUUUAUUAAAAAGGUUUGACAAUGAAGAGGGGGAAGCAUUCCGUAAAAAUUGUGCCAUAUUUUGUCGAAACCAGCAACAUGCGCUGGAUAUGCUCAGGUCAAAACAGAAAAAGGAUGCACGAAUAUCAACGUUUUUGGGGGAAGCAGAAAGUAGUAACCUAAUGCGCAGGCUUCAGCUGAAGGAUCUCAUCCCAACUCAAAUGAUGAGGCUGACCAAAUAUCCCCUGUUAAUAGAGAGUCUCAAGAAACACACGCUGUUGGGUUCCGAAGAACACACAAAGCUGGAGCGGGCUCUCCAGUGCAGUAAACACAUCUUGGAGUAUGUAAACCAGGCAGUCCAAGAUUAUGAAAACAUCUACAGACUGGAACAGUUACAGAGGAGAAUGGAGAAGAAGAUUCUCUCUGACUACAUGGCUGAUGACCUGAAGUCCCUGGACCUACGAGCUCACCGACUAGUGCAUGAGGGCCCACUGACAUGGAAUAUGAACCAGAGAAAGAGUCUAGAUGUCCAUGUAAUUCUACUGGAAGAUCUGUUUGUACUUCUCCAGAAACAAGACGACAAACUCGUCCUCAAGUGUCAGAGCACACAGCUGGUGGCGGGCAAGGAGGAUAUCAAAUAUAUGUUCGCUCCCGUCCUCAAACUCAAUAAUAUCCUCCACACCAACAGUAAAGCAACAGACAAAAAAGCGUUCUUUGUGGUCUCUAAGUCGCAGAUCUACGAAUUGUCGGCUCACACGGCUGACGAACAGCGCAAGUGGUGUAAAUAUAUCAAAGAUGCAGCGGAUAAAUUCAAGAACAAACACAUCAAGGCAACAGUGACAGAUGUGGCCAACACACAACCAGAGGUCAUAAGUCAAGAACGUGACUCCUUGAGGGUAGAAAACAGCAGGACAAGUGGUUCCAAUACUGGUGGAGAGUUCAUGGCGGAACAGGUUGAACUUUCAGAGGAACCUGGUCUCAUCCAGCCUGAAGAUAUGGUCAUCAAAGAUGCUGUUACUUCUAAAUCCCAACCAGUCCUCACCCCUCUAGACAAGCUUCGGAUGCUGGACUCGGACAUCAUGGAAAAGAUGAAGGACCGCCGAGCCAUCCUUAAGGAGAUUCUUAAAUUACAUGAGAUGGACAGUACGCUACAGAUCCAGUCUGGUGCAGACACUGACCGACCAAUAAAUGAACUUCUACACGACAUGGCUCAGGAAUCGGAGGACUGUAUCAAUAUGUUGAACAGUGCUGAAUCUGGUCUAGCUAAGGAGGACCUAUCAAUGCCUAUACCCAUGGAUAAACUGAGGGAGAUGGCCAACAGAAUGAACCAGAUCCUAACCAACCUACUGGAAAAGACGAGGGCAUACUCUGCCCUGACUGCGGGACAACCCGCUUCCUCCUCCUCCUCAGCGGUGGUUAACAACCGUGAUGACGAGCGAGAACGACUUCGACAAGAAUUAAAAGCUGCACAAGAUGAACUCAACAUGCUGCGGGAGAUUCAGCGACGUGUAUCGUCUUCAUCACCUACUGAUGUCACGCUUGCUCGACCCCAAAGUAUUAUUUCUGUGGCCUCGACUUCAUCAGAUGUAGCAGAAGACGGCACCCUCACUCAGAUAGACUCUACCGACACAGAUACAGAAGUUACCAAGGAAGAUCUACUUGAAAUUCAAACUGUAGAACCAGUUAAUGCAAUGGAGAUGGACUUUUCUGAGGCAGAAACUGUUUCCACGGCAACAGAACUGCCACAGGAAAUGGUGGACAUCAUGGCUGAUAAUUUGGUGGUAGCAGAGCCACCAGAAUAUGAGGCAGUUGAAGACAAGGAUCCACCAGCAUUGUCAGAAGAGGAGGUUCUCUCCCCUGCCGAAAACCAGGCUGUUGAGGUACAUCGAGUUGAUGAGGUGGUGGCAGAGGAGAUCACAGAAAUUGUAGAAGACCUGAUUCAGGAUCUUCCUGUGGUGGAGAGUAAUGGUGACGCAACAGACGGUCGACGUGACAGUCUGGAGGACUAUGAGGAUGCCAGUGAUCGCCUCGAUCCCGAAGGAGGUGCUGGUCUGGAAAGUGGACUUGAGGAGGACAUGGUAGUGAGUUCAGAAAGGGGAGACAAUCUCACCGAGAGUAGUGAGAAAGGAGAUAAUUUAACAGAAAGUGAUGUGGAGAUGCGCGAUGUUGAAGGAGACGAGGUGGAGAAACGGGACACUGAGGGCGAGUGUAACAGUGACACUGACAAUAAAAGGACACAAAGUGAUCAUAUUCUCUCCAGCACGGAUCAAUGUGCUGUCGACAACAGGCAGCUUAUAGACAGUUCGUGUGUACUGGACAACAAAUCGGACCUAGACCGUCUGACGGUGGAAGGUGGCGCCGCCCUGGAGAUGACUGUAGACAUUUAGUGACCUGUAUAAUCCAUAACUUACUUGUCAUUUAGGCGGUGUGUUCACGGGUCUCGCUAUGCCAGCAGCACAAGGGUGGUCAGUGGUCACUUAAUACAGGUGGGGUCAGCGGUCACUUUGUACAGGUGGGGUCAGCAUUCAUUUUUUACAGGUGGAGUCAGCAAUCACUUUGUACAGGUAUGGUCAGUAGUCACUUCUCACAGAUGUGGUAAGUGGUCAAUUGGUACAGGUGUGGUCAGCAAUGAAUAGGUGUAGUCACUUGUCACUUUGUUCAGUUGUGAUUAUUAGAAGACAAUUUACAGUAGGCAACACCAAAUGGUAUCAUUACAAUAUUGAUCACAGGAGACAACAGCAAACGGUAUUACAAUAUUGAUCUUGAAAGACAGAACCACAAGUUUUAAUUAUAUUGAUACAGGGGACAGAAUAACAAUAAUACUAUCCUGAUGCUGUAACUUCCUCCUACAGGUUGCAGGAUCAGGAAACAUGUACCAAUCUGAUAUACUGUGGAGAUUUGGGUUCAUUGUUACACCUCUAGAAUCUGGUUUACCUGGUGGCUAUGUUGUGUUACACAUAUACGAUCUGAUGCAUCCUGGGGUUGGAGAUAUUGUGUUACUUUAUACCUGUAAAAUCUGCUGUACCCCAGGAUAAGGUGACUGUGUUAAUCCUGUACAACCUGAUGUGCCCAGAGGUUUGUUCGGUGUACAAGUCAACCUUGUACUUAGUCAGUGUGCUAUUAUAGCUAGUAGCCAUCAUACAAGACUUUUUAAUGCAAUAUUCUUCCAUGUAUAAUUCUAGAAUGUGAUACAUACACAGUGGAAUACACCGUGACCAGCUUCUGAUCGACAUCUUUUAUAACAUCUGAAUCAAGAGUUUUUAUGUAAAAGUAACUACAUUGGUUAUGUUCAGAACUUGAGGCUCAUUUACUCUCAGAAUGAGGCUCACAUCCUCUCAAAAUGAGGCUCACAUCCUCUCAGAAUGAGGCUCAUUUACUCUCAGAAUGAGGCUCACAUCCUCUCAGAAUGAGGCUUGGGAAAGUUUGGUCAUCAUUUUUAGGAGGAAAGAAAUCUUUGUAUAGAUGACAGCAUCAUUAGGGAAAAGUCACAGGGAAGGGGGUCACUUUAAGAAGGUGCCAGGAAGAAAGGGGUCACUUUGUUGGUGCCAGGAAGAACGGGGUCAAUUUAAGGAGGUACCAGGAAGAAAGGAAUCACUUUGGGGGUGCCAGGAAGAAAGGGGUCACUUAAGGGGUGCCAGGAAGAAAGGGGUCAAUUUAAGGAGGUGCCAGGGAGAAAGGAAUCACUUUGGGGGUGCCAGGAAGAAAGGGGUCACUUUAGGGAUGCCAGGAAGAAAGGGGUCACUUUAAGGAGGUGCCAUGAAGAAAAGGAUAACUUUAAGGAGGUGCCAGGAAGAAAGGGGUCAAUUUAAGGAGGUGCCAGGAAGAAAGGGGUCACUUUAAGGAGGUGCCAGGAAGAAAGGGAUCACUUUGGGGUUGCCAGGAAGAAAGGGGUCACUUUAAGGAGGUGCCAUGAAGAAAGGGAUAAUUUUAAGGAGGUGCCAGGAAGAAAGGGGUCAAUUUAAGGAGGUGCCAGAAAGAAAGGGGUCAAUUUAAGGAGGUGCCAGGAAGAAAGGGGUCACUUUAAGGAGGUGCCAGGAAGAAAGGGGUCACUUUAAGGAGGUGCCAGGAUAAAAAAAUGGGGUCACUUUAAGGAGGUGCCAGGAAGAUAGGGGUCACUUUGGGGGUGCCAGGAAGAAAGGGAUCACAUUAAGGAGGAGUUAGAAAGAAAGAGGUCACUGCAGGGAAGUGUUAGGAAGAAAUGAUGGUUGUAAAAUGAAGUGGAGAGGAAGGGGUUUGAUACAGGGAAGUGUAGGGAGGAUAAGUCAUUCUAGGUGUCAUUAGGAAGAUGGUCAUGGUGACAUUAUUCCUUGAAGUGUGUGGCUAGUAUAUAUGUUUUAAAAGUUAUCAGCUGUUCAUUUCUCUUCUAACUUAUGCAUUUGUUUCCAUGUCUACUGUUUUUAAUCAUUCUCUAUUGCUAAUGUUGGUGUCUGAGAGAGUAAGGUGUGAGGAAAGAGAGAGAAGAAUGAAGUGAGAGGAAGGGAGAAAGGAGUAAGAAUGCAGUGCAGCAAAUGCAUUGUCACAAAUAUUCUAUUUGAGGGAUUUCUUUCCAUAUUUUAAAUUGUUUCAUGGUGAUGUCUUUCGUCUACAAGAUACUGUGCUGAUUUAUUGUAUAUUUUCUGUAUAGUAUAUAUCUGUACAGCGUUUCAGUAUACCUGUACAGUGUAAAUAUUCGGUAGUUUUACCUCUGUACAGCAAACCUUUCUUCCAACAUAUGUCUGACCCAAUUAAUUUACAGACAUGCAUCUACAAGGUAUAUGUUUAUAAUGUGUUAUUAGUAGAGAUUGAGAAAUACUAUACACUUGAUAUGAUAAUGUAAAAAUGUCUACAAAUCCUGUACAACUACUAGUUUGUGUCAAAGAACACAAAUUUCCUGUAACAGCCUCUCAGUGCUAACCAAUAUCAUCUGUUUGUAAGUUACUUGUUAAGAGAAGUGUGACUUAAUUUUAAACAAUUUUAAUUCUUUUGAUGCAUUGAAGCUGUGCUUAUGCAACAUGUGGAAUCUUGAACAACAUGUUGUUUACAUAACAAAAUGUUCAUCUGGCGAAGUGUUGUUUAUCUAGCAACAAGUCUGGCUAGCAAAUUAAUGUUCAUUUGGCAAAAUGUUGAUUAUCGAGCAAAAUGUUGAUUAUCUUAACGACCUGUUCAUCUACAUAGUGACAUGUGUUUUUUCUAUCUCUAUGUAUCAACCUGUGGUUGAGACAUGUUUAAAUAGAGACUUGUUAUUUAUCUAGUGACACUCUACAGACAGGUGGUCUGUGCUGUAACCAGGAAAACGUGUAAAAUCAAUACUGCCUUUACCUGAACUGGUUGAAUGUCAUUGAGAUAUGCAUGACUUGCUGAUUUCAAUGUGAUUUAAUCAUCAAGGAUUUUAUAUUAGACAUUCUCAGGCUUGUGUUCUUUUUCUGCUCCAAGUAUACUUAUACCCAUUUUUCAUACUGGUCAGGACUGGUCCAACCAUAAAACCUGCCAGCAAUCACUUAGCAUUACAACAGACAAGAAGGUAAAGGAUUGUUGACCAAUAGGUAUUGGGCAGAGACCACCUGACUAGCACCAGCAUAUAUAGAGGUCGCCUUGCAAGUGUUUGCAAAGACUGCCUGGCCAGUACUGGUGUGGGCAGAGGCUGCCUGGCCAGUAUUGGUGUUGGCAGAGGCUGCCUGGCCAGUAUUGGUGUUGGCAGAGGCUGGCUGGCUGGUACCAUUAUGGGUGGAGACUGCCUGGCCAGUAUCGGUGUGGGCAGAGGCUGCCUGGCGAGUAUUGGUGUGGGCAGAGGCUGCCUGGCUGGUACCAUUACGGGUGGAGACUGCCUGGCCACUAUUGGUGUGGGCAGAGGCUGCCUGGCUGGUACCAUUAUGGAUGGAGACUGCCUGGCCAGUAUUGGUGUGGGCAGAGGCUGCCUGGCCAGUAUUGCUGUGGGCAGAGGCUACCUGGCCAGUAUUGGUGUGAGCAGAGGCUAUCUGGCUGGUACCAUUACGGGUGGAGACUGCCUGGUCAGUAUUGGUGUGGGCAGAGGCUGCCUGGCCAGUAUUGGUGUUGGCAGAGGCUGGCUUGCUGGUACCAUAGUGGAUGGAGACUGCCUGGCCAGUAUUGGUGUGGGCAGAGACUGCCUGGCCAGUAUUGGUGUGAGCAGAGGCUAUCUGGCUGGUACCAUUAUGGGUGGAGACUGCCUGGCCAGUAUCGGUGUAAGCAGAGACUGCCUGGCUGAUACCAUAGUGGAUGCAGGCUGCCUGGCCAGUUGCAAUUUGUGGGUUAGCGGCUAGGCCAACACCAGCGUUUUAUAUUAUAUGUAUUGUGUAUGUAGUAAGUGCUUGUACCCAAAGUGGUUACUUCCUGUUGUAUAUAGAAAUAUUAUAGUGUAUCUACUGUAAUUUAAAUUCUUCUGAAUGCAUUCAGGAACUUGUUGGAUAUUUUGCAAACUAGAGAAGAAAGAAAGAGCAUGUUUAUAAACAAGCUUGCUUCUGUCAUUGUUACUAUACUUAACAAAUCAUGAACGGCUGCAAUCAUGGAAAAGUAUUCUAAUAAAAGGUACAAACUAAA